GCGUGGCGCUCGUUGCUGGUGAGCAAUAUUUAGAGAAAAUAAUUCGGUGUCUUGGUCGUCAAGUUCCUUCGCGAAAGUUCUGGCAUGAGGAAACGACUACGGUAGAAAACGACGUCCGAAACUGACUUAGUGACUCUGUGCGUUCUAGCUGGACAAGGAACAUUUGAGAUUUGAAAGGGGCUCUGUGGUACAGAACUAACUGCAGUAUACAACAUACAACAUGGAGGCGAGUGUUGUGGUGGUUGGCUGGGGACAGACCUCGGAUGGUCAACUGGGACUCGGGGGAAUAGAGGAGACCACCAUCAAUGAACCAAGAUCUCUGAAGAGUCUCCAAUCUGCUGGUGUGAGGGUGAGGCAGAUAGCCUGUGGCCAAGCCCACACUCUCCUACUAACAGACUCGGGGGAGGUGUGGUCAUGUGGGAGGAAUGAGAAGGGACAGUGUGGACAGGAUACCUCCUCCACCAGACCUGCUCGUAUUGACUCACUCAGUAUACCUGGGGUGAGCGUGACCCAUGUAGCUUGUGGCCACGCCCACUCGUUGGCUCUGACAGCCGGUGGACAGGUGUAUUCCUGGGGGAGUAACGAGCACGGUCAACUAGGGGUUGCCUCCUCCAUAGCUCAUCUCGGACUCCCUCAACUAGUGGAGAGUCUGACUAAGAUGAGAGUGUUGCAAGUGGCAUGUGGUGGACACCAUACCCUGGCACUCACGAAUGGUGGACGACUGUUCAGUUGGGGUAGUAAUGCAUAUGGCCAGCUAGGUCUCAGAGCUUCUGUCCACACUCUCUCCUCACCUCAGGAGGUGUUGGCAUUGUUGGGUCUGCCCAUCCUCCACGUAGCAGCAGGAGAGGCCCACAGUAUGGUGGUCUCCAUCUCUGGAACCGUCUUUGGCUGGGGCAGGAACACAUUUGGUCAGUUGGGAGUUGGACACGACAGAGACACAGGAGAGCCUACAGAGCUGGCUGCUCUGAGGACCCAGAGAGUCACAUACAUCUCAUGUGGAGAGAAACACACAGCAGCUCUUACCGAGGAUGGAGGGCUGUUUACGUUUGGAUCGAGUGGAUUCGGUCAGCUGGGCCACAACGGCACUCACUCCACCACAUAUCCCACCAAAGUGUUUGAGCUGAUGGGCUCCACUGUCACCCAGGUGGCCUGUGGAAGGUGCCACACUCUUGCUCUAGUCCAGUCCUCUGGGAAGGUGUACAGCUUUGGUCUGGGGACCUGCGGACAGCUGGGGGCGGGGUCUCUGGGAAACAUGGCCACGCCCACUCUGGUCCGGGGCCAGUGGCUCAGCUCGGAGGCUCUGACUCGGCCGGUGGUGGACGGAGAGGAGAGAGGAGGGAUGGUGGCCAGGGAGGUGUUUGCUGGAGGAGACCAGUCUUUUGCCAGCCUCGCUGUCCGUGGAGAACAUGGUGUGUCAGUGAUCUCUGACCAUCGUCGGAAGCAGUCAGGCUGUAUCCUCCCCUCUCUCAACCACGACGUCCUCAAAGAGGUUCUUGACGAGGCCCUCAUCACUAAAGACUACACCAGAGCCUCCAGUUUCUUGAGGAUGUUCUUCUCCCAUUCCUCACUCCUCAAUGGCUCAUUCCUGUCCAGAGAACACCACAUGCUCCACACCAAGAGGUCGGGGGUGGAUGUGGACGAGGCUCUGCGGUGUAUGAGUCUCCUGAGACGGAGACUGGACCAGUCUGGCCCCAGCAGCAAGAUCAACCUUCUCACUACCUUGCAGUCCUGUCUGGGGGCCAUGUUGGAGGGGGUGGUGCAAUCCAAGAGACGUGCAUCCCCCGAGUGUGUGCGACUGUUCCUCACCCUCCCCUCCUUCAUCCUCCAACCUCUCCACCCCUCUCUCUACGCCAUGUUUGCCAAGGCUCUCACUGAUCUCCCCGCAGAGUGGAGAACUCUCCUCGGUCAGUGGCUCUUCGACUCUCCACUCCCUUACAUAGAGCUGUGGCUGGACUCGGCCAAACAAUCUUUAACCCAGUAUCUACUGUCAAGGAAGACAGAGGCAUCACAGAAUAAGAACCCAAUUGACUGCCAAAUCUCACAGUUUCAAAAAUCUCCACAUUCCAACCAAAUUCAGUCACCGAACGAAGUUCUGCACAUUCUCAGACUACUAAAGUGCAUGCAUGAGUGGAACACGAGACAUGGAGAGGUGCUGGCCCACUCGCAGUUCUAUGUCCCUGCUGUCAACGAGGUGGUAAACUUGGUCGAUGACUUCUUCAAAUGGAUCAACCCCAAAGAACAUGUCGUGGUGUUCUGUCGGUAUCCAUUUAUCCUGGACUCCAGAGCUAAGGCUGAGCUUCUCAAAGUGGAGUCCAGGGUUCAGAUGCAAAUUGCGGUGAACUCAGCUCACUCAGAGAUGAUGCGGCAGAUAUUCACGCAGCGGAUGGUCGGGGACUUCUCUCCCUUGGCAUACAAGUUGGUGGUUCACCGGUCCAACCUGGUCCAUGACACUCUCAACUCCCUCGUCUCCACUGAUCCCGCCAACUACAAGAAACCACUACGGGUGGAGUUUGUAGGGGAGGAGGGAAUGGAUGCCGGAGGAGUUCAGAAAGAGUUCUUCCUCUUGCUGUUGAAAGACAUCCUCAAUCCUCACUUUGGGAUGUUCACUGAAGACGACGAGUCCUCGUUUAUCUGGUUCAAUGAUGAGCCUCUAUCAUAUGGGAGUCUCAACUACUUCAAGUUGGUGGGGAUAGUAUGUGGACUGGCCAUCUACAAUUCUGUCAUCAUUGACCUCCCAUUCCCUGCUGCUCUCUACAAGAAACUCCUUAAAAAGCCGACGGACCUGACAGAUCUGAAGCAGUUGCACCCGUCGGUAGGCAGCAACCUGGAGUCACUUCUCACCUACGAGGGAACUGACUUUGAGGACACCUUCUCACUCACUUUUGAGCUAACUAGGAGAAGUUUCGGAGAGGUGAUAACGAUCCCACUAAUACCAGGGGGCACCUCGGUCUCCGUCACCAGGGACAACCGUACCGAGUAUGUGAGGGCCUACGUCAAGCAUGUACUGGACGAGUCGGUCAAGGAGCCAUUUCUUGCCUUUGACGAGGGCUUCAAGAGAGUGUGCGAUGGGAAAGUACUGUCGAUGCUGCAUCCUCUGGAGUUGAUGUCACUGGUGGUAGGACAGCAGGCUAUCGACUGGUCUCACCUGGAGAAGUACAUGGACUACAGGAAUGGCUACCAUAAGGACCACCCAGUGAUAAAGAUGUUCUGGACUGUGUUUAACGAUCUGCCAGUAGAGGCCAAGAGAAAGUUCCUGGGUAUGUAUGUUACCUUUUAUAAUUAUGCUGCCAACUAAUGAGCAUUGUAAAGACUAAAGCAAACAUGUAUGUAUGCAGAGCAUUUUGGCUUUGAGCUCCGAAGAGAGUCGAAAAAAUGUAAUGUGGCUCUGACAACUAUAUUAUAUAGUUGAUGUUUAUGUACUUGGGAAAGCAGCAAGUUACGUAUGUCUCUUUGCUGCAGUGUUUUGGACUGGCUCCAACAGAAUACCAGUGGCCGGUGUGGAGAGUAUGAAGAUGAUGAUUCAGAGGAUGGAUGGGGGCAGGACUGCGAAAGACUCCCAGUGGCCCACACGUGUUUCAACGUCCUGGAUCUCCCUCCGUACCCUUCUCAAGAACUCAUGAAACAGAAACUGUUGCAGGCAAUAAACUUUACGUCAGGAUUUGGAAUUGUGUAGCACAGUAAAACAUUGUAUAUGUAAACAUCAUUGUAUAGUAGUUAAGUUAUGCAGUAUAUAUGAUAAUGAUCGUGCAUGCGCUGAGGCGCGGUGGGGAUUCCCCUUGAAAGUGUGGGCCGUUCUCUUCCAUCUUCCGCGUGAAGCCGGGAAGACUGAGCAGAAUAUCCAUCCCGCCGUACGGAUCGUGUUCUCCGUCUGACGAGUACAUUAUCGUUGCUCGCCCCGGCAUGUAGAAUGGCUCAGCGACAGGAGCAACCAAGGAGAAGUGAAGAAACCUCGGGCGAUACUUUAGGGAGCCGCAAUUCACUCGACAUGAAAGACUGGGAAUGCGUCAGCAGCGAUGAAGUAAAGGUAGCGUUGGCUGUAGUUGUGGGUGAAAGUGAUACGGAGCAACCAUCACAGGACAAGGAACUUGAAAAGCCGAGAGCAACGAAGGAACAAAUGGGGGGGGAAAGAUGAUGGACUCUGUAGGCAGGCUAGUCAGAGUUGGCCAACUGAAAGUGGAGAGUUCCAGUCAGCGAGAUCAACUCCGUACUCUUCCAUGACCUCCGAGACUGCUACACAUGAUCCAAUUACACCCACAACAGAACAGCAAGAGAGGGAGAUGGAAGAUGCUAUGUUCAGUCGCCCCGAAGGGCUCCCUAACAGUGUCAGCGAGCUGCAACAAGAGUUAUUUCAACAGUCUAUUCAGUUUCAAAAGGCUGAGAAACGAGCGAGGUAUUUUGAGGCAGAGUAUCAUAAAGCUACGAGAAACCUUGUCAAACUAAAGAGGGAUCUUCAGGAAAAGGACGAAGUUAUGAAGAAUGCAGUGGGGGAGCUUGAAAAGACAGACGCUAAAAUGAAAUCAAUUCAACAACAUUCUAAAUCUCAGAGUCAACAAAUCCUUGUGUUGCACAAUGAAGCAAAGGAGAGAGAUGCCGAGAUUCAUGAAGUACGUUUAGCUAUGAAGGAACUGAAGGGAAAAUAGAUACUCUUGAGGGUGAGAGGGAGGCAAAGGACCUGGAACUUGAGCAGAGCCGAAAGACACUUCGAUCACUGGGAGAGCAAGUGAAGAAACUGACAACUGAUAAUGCGUCACUCCUCGACAGAAUGCGCAAGUUUGGAGGACUGCAGAACGAGAGUCGAGAACUGAGCACUAAAGCAGGAAAACUUCAGGAGGAACUGAAGAAAGUCUCUGCGGAGAGAGAUGAACUGAAAUUUCUCCUUGAGGCUACCCAGGCCCAGGCAAAGGUGUAUGAGGAGGACUUCAAGACGGAGCGAGAUGAUCGGACGAGAGCAUUUGCAGAGAGAGAGAAGGAAGGAGAGAGAUAUCGGGAGGAGAUUGAGCGUCUCCAGAUACAACUCAAAAGUCACAAGGGGAAUCUGACUGACCUGGAGAUCAUCCACAUGGCCAGACAGAGGGAGCUAAUGCAGGCCAUGGACGACCUGAAGAAAUGCCAGGAAGAGGUUCAGGCAAAGACCUCUCAAGUCAAGCAGUAUAAAAAGCAACACGAUGGGCUGGUGACCAAGGUUGCAACUCUCGAGCGCGAGAAAAAAGAACUCGCUGAGCAGUUUGAGAUGGCGAGACAGCAAGUGGAGCAGCGAUCGAAAAAGAAAGCCAAAGCUGCACAUGCAGAGGGUGAGCAGGCCCAUGCUGAAUUGGCAAAGCAAGCAAAUCACUAUAGAGCAAAGUCACAAGCGAGAAAAGCUGAGUUGGCCAAGAUGACAGCAGCAUACGCCAAAGCAAGGCAGGAGUUACUGAAUGUGAAGAAGGAAGUUAAGAAGGAGAAAAAGAAAACCGCUGUCAUCAGCAAUCCUGUCAAUCAGUCUGAACUACAUGAGCUCUGCAGAAAUCUCCAGUUUGAUAAGGAGGAGCUGAAGGAUCAGAUAAAAGCAUUGAUGGAAACCAAUCCGAAAUUGUACGAGAGUUGGUCAGCUCUAGAAGAUGCCGACACUGGGUCUGUAGGAAGCCCCACUGAACUGGAGUUCCCACCAUCUCCUGAUGAUGAAGCAUCAAAUUCAUUGGCCGUCGCCUCUGAAGUGUCGACCAGAUUCUCAUCCACAACCAAGUCAACCGGCAGCAGACCAAGAUCAAGUACAUUCUCAGGGAUAUCUCACUCUCCCAAACCCGCUGGAGGGAAGAAACCGACUCCACACUACUCCAACAUACCGGGAGCCACUACUUCUGUCAGGACCGACAUACAGCAUGCAGACUACGUGAACCAGAGCAGAAUCCAGGCAAUGCUUGCCAACUAUCAGCAGUCCGAUGCGGUCCCAGCAUCUCCUCCUGAUGCUAACUCCCUUCCUGCUCCAAUCAUGGUCUUCACUGAAGACUCGGCUAACCAGAGAAAAAGUAAACUGUCUUCUGUUCCAGGGAGUAUGCCACCAUCUGGUGCUAGUGGUGUGGGGAGUGUGGUUGGAGGUGGGUUAGGAGGAGGCGGUGUGGAGGGACAGGGGAGGGAGAGAAGAGGCAGCGCUCCAACCUGGGGUUCCAAUGAUCCAGACAAUCUCCCUGCACUACACGAUAGGCAGCACCAACUCCAAUCUAAUCCGUAUGGCCACGCAAGUCUUCCGAGAACGCAAUGAAUCGUCGGCCUGUACCAACACCCAAGGAGGGAGCAGCCAGCCGGUCAACCCAGGCCCCCAGCUGGUCCCACGCCCGCCGAGAGAGAGAUGAUGAUGAAACAAGAAGAAAAGCGUCAAGCAGGAGACAUUCUCACUCCAGGGAUUGCAACAGAGAUGCACGGAAUGGCACAUGACGUAAUAGAGGAGAUGGAGGAAGGAGGAGGGCACGAAGUGACUGGGACUCCGUAUGACCCAAACCUCACCUGCGUCAUCUGUCAGAAGAUGUUCAGGAUUGGAGAGAUACAGCUCUAUCGUACUCAUGUCGAAACCUGUGCUGGGACUAUGGUUUAGUGUUUUGAUGCUGUAUAUAUACUUCUGCUGAAUGUG